GGGAGCAGGCUGGUACGGGCAGAGGACGGGCAGGUAGCGCUAGCGCAGUUAGCGCCGCUAGCGAGUCGCAUGGAGAAACAAGCCAAAAGAUAAAGAGUUCGGAGCCGCCGCUGCCCUGGGUCCGGAAAAUGCCAUUUAGCCGCUAGUCCUGCACGAUCGCGCUGCCAGUCCUCUGCAUUUCCAGUUUAGUGUUUGGCUGCCUGCUAAAGCUGUUUAAAGCCCUUUGUUUUCGGCCCGGUCCGGGACGGAGCUGCGGGAAAAUGGUGUCGUGGAUCAUCUCCAGAGCCGUGGUGCUUGUCUUUGGAACAUUGUACCCUGCGUAUUACUCCUACAAAGCAGUCAAAACCAAGAAUGUAAAAGAAUAUGUUCGCUGGAUGAUGUAUUGGAUUGUCUUUGCGCUCUUCACUGUGGUGGAAACCAUUGCAGACCUCUCAAUAUCCUGGUUUCCUCUCUAUUAUGAAAUAAAGAUCGCCUUUGUGAUCUGGCUGCUGUCUCCCUACACCAGAGGAGCCAGUCUGCUCUACAGGAAGUUUCUGCAUCCUCUUCUGUCUUCAAAGGAAAGGGAAAUUGAUGACUGCAUCAUUCAGGCCAAAGAGCGCAGCUAUGAAACCAUGGUGAACUUCGGCAGACAGGGCCUCAGCAUCGCAGCCACUGCAGCCGUCACCGCGGCUGUCAAGGGGCAGGGUGCCAUUUCAGAGCGUCUGAAGAGUCUAAGCAUGCACGACCUAACCCAGAUCCCCGCGGACGAUGCGGCCAGCCAGCCCUACGCCGGCUUCGCCAACCCCAGCAGGAAGGCCCACGGCGCGGAAGUUUCCGAGCACUACCCUUACGAGCAGGACAUUACUGGGCAGCCGGAGGACGACAUGGACGGGACGUUCUCUGAGGACGAGGCCGUCACUCAGCGCGGCCUGCGGAGGUCGCAGAGUGUCAAGAUCACACGCUCCAAAGCACGCAAAGAGCCUCGCUAUGGAUCCCUGAAGUUAAAACCGAAGCGUCGACCAGCCCUGAAUGCGGUGAACUACGACCCCUGAACUUUUGAAAACUCCGCCCCAGCUACUGGUUUUAAUAAGUACAGUAUUUGUAUGAAGUGGAUUUGUAUGUAACAGUUCACAUGUUGUGGAAUGGUUAAGGGUCCUCUUAGUUUCAAAGCUUAUCAUGGAAGUUUUAACGAAACUGCAAUAACACUGUGCGUCUUUUUUAAUCAUGAAACACUAAAUAUUUUACAUGCUUUUAAGGUGCCUCACAAAACACCAGAUUUGGCUGCAGUAACGUUUACCGCCUGUUUACAAAUUUUCCAUGUGUGAUUUUAGCAUGUUGCUUGUUCUUACAACACGCUUGACAAAACACUCCAAAAACAGGUGACCCAAAGUGUCCUCUAUUUGGUAAAUUGUAGAAAAAGAAGGAAGUAAUAAAGUAUGUUUGUGUCAGAUAUAAGGUUAAGUAGUCUUGCAAGAAAUGCUACUUCAUUAUGUUUCAGUGGGCACAUGGACAGGACAGCAAGGAUACCCCUCUUUUGCACUCCUGUGUGGUAGUUUGUGACUCUGCUGUUUCUUAGCCUGUCAUCUCAAAGUGGAAUGUAUUCUUCUCUGGAAAAGAGAACCAUGAGUUAAAGACCAAAGUUCACAUCUCUAGCAAAAAGCUUGGCUUAUUUAGAAGAAAUAUACAAAGAUAUGUGCGAAUCAAGUGAGU